AUGUCCACUACCUUCACUACAACCAGCACCACCAGCACCACCACUGAGGAUUUGAAAGAAUUGGUUCGCCCCUUCUACACUCAAUGUCUUACGGUCCGUUCCAAUGGCCAUGUGCAACAAGUCCAACCACUCAUGCAACAACUUUUGGCUGAUUCCUUCCAAUCGAUCAAUGCGGCUGAAACGAAAGGAAAGUCUCAAUUGAUGGGACAAAUUCAAUUCUUUUGGAAACUCAUUCCCAAUCUCAAGUGGGAGAUUCAAGAAAUGUUGCAAGAUGGAAAUAAGGUGAUUGUGAGAAGUUUCGCAUCUGGUAAUCCAAAGGGAAAUUUCAUGGGAAUAGAAUGCGAUGGAAGUAAAAGUUUCCGUAUCAUGUCCAUUGAUAUUCAUACGGUAGAAAAUGGUCAAAUUGUACAAGUACAUCAUUUGGAGGAAUGGACAACAGCUUUGAAGCAAUUGAAAUAA